AUACGUGUGUGGGCAGUGAAAGAGUGAGAGUGGGUCAUUUCAUGAAAAUAUAUAGAGAGAUCGUUGGUUUUUAUUUAAAGCAUAAAAGUCCGCGAACUCCCCACGCUUUUUACCACUCCUUCUCCUCCUUUAUAAAACCCCGCCGCUUCCAAUUUCAAUUCCAAAUUCCAUUCUUAAUUUUCCUCUCUUUUCAUUCUCCAAUGCACCCAUUAAUUUGAUCUCUUCCAUUUCUAUGUCUGAUAAUAAUAAUAAUUCUUCCGGCCGCCCAGGUCGCCACCCAAUCUUCCGCGGUAUCCGUUCCCGAAGUGGCAAAUGGGUCUCUGAGAUUCGCCAGCCACGUAAGACCACUCGCAUUUGGCUCGGUACUUACCCCACUCCCGAAAUGCGCGCCGCCGCCUACGACGUCGCCGCCCUCACUCUCAAAGGCCCUAAUGCCUCUCUUAAUUUCCCUCACUCUCUUCCUUCCUAUCCAUUCCAUUCCACUUCUCCAUCUGAUAUUCGCACCGCCGCCGCCAUUGCCGCCGCCUCCAGACACCCCGAAAUACAAUAACCCCACGCUUCUUCUGCUGCUCCCGCUCCCGCUCCUGCUCUGUACGCUUCGCAGACCGACCCGGUCGACGAAGGUGGGCCCUCCUCCCAUCCCACGGCGGAUUCUUCCGGCAAGUUUUGUGACGAGGAAGAGUUACUGAACAUGCCCAAUUUACUGGUGGACAUGGCGGAGGGAAUGCUGGUGAGUCCUCCUCGGAUGAAGUCAUCGUCCUCCUAUGACGACUCUCCCACCCAUUCUAAAGGAGAUGAUGAAUUAUGGAGUUACUCUAAUAAUUCAACAAAUUAUCUCAUUAAUAAAAUUCAAAAAAAAAAAAAAAAAAACAGAGCGGGUGAAUCAUAUCAUAAUCCACAUUUUCAUGUGUCUCCUGAAUCAAUCACUUUAUUUUAUGGGGUUUCUUUUUCUUUUCCUUUCAUCGGUUUCUGGGUCGGCUUGCUUCUGUCCUAAUUUUCCUUCCGGACGAUCAAAUUUGAGGAUUAUUAAUUUCUAACUAUGGUUAGAGAAUUGGAAGGUUUAAUUUAAAA